UCGCCCGGCCGCGCCAUGUCGGUGGUGGGCAUCGACCUGGGCUUCCAGAGCUGCUACGUGGCCGUGGCCCGCGCCGGCGGCAUCGAGACCAUCGCCAACGAGUACAGCGACCGCAGCACGCCGUCAUGCAUAGCCUUUGGACCCAAGAACCGCUCUAUUGGUGCUGCAGCUAAAAGCCAGGUUAUUUCAAAUGCAAAGAAUACAGUACAAAGUUUUAAAAGAUUUCAUGGUCGUGCAUUCUCAGAUCCCUUUGUUCAAGCUGAAAAAGCAAGCCUUGCCUAUGAACUUGUCCAGCUGCCAACAGGCUCAACUGGCAUCAAGGUUAUGUAUAUGGAAGAAGAAAGAAACUUUACUAUUGAACAGAUGACUGGAAUGCUUCUUACCAAAUUAAAAGAGACCGCUGAGAAUGCGCUUAAGAAGCCUGUAGUUGAUUGCGUUGUUUCUGUUCCCUGUUUCUACACAGAUGCAGAGAGGAGAUCUGUGAUGGAUGCCACACAAAUUGCUGGUCUCAACUGUCUGAGACUAAUAAACGAAUCAACAGCAGUUGCCCUUGCAUAUGGAAUCUAUAAGCAAGACCUGCCUGCCCUAGAAGAGAAGCCACGGAACGUUGUUUUUGUGGAUAUGGGGCAUUCUGCGUAUCAGGUUUCUAUUUGCGCGUUCAAUAAAGGAAAACUGAAAGUUCUUGCCACAGCGUUCGACACAACGCUCGGAGGCAGGAAAUUUGAUGAAAUGUUGGUGGAAUACUUCUGUGAAGAGUUUGGAAAGAAAUACAAACUAGACAUAAAGUCAAAGAUCCGUGCAUUGCUGAGGCUGUAUCAGGAAUGUGAAAAACUGAAAAAACUGAUGAGUGCCAAUGCCUCUGAUCUCCCAAUGAACAUUGAAUGUUUCAUGAAUGACAUAGAUGUUUCUGGAACAAUGAACAGAAGUAAAUUUCUAGAGAUGUGUGAUGGACUUCUUGCAAGAGUAGAAGCCCCCCUUCGCAGCGUGCUGGAGCAAGCCAAGUUAAAGAAGGAGGAUAUUUAUGCAGUAGAAAUAGUUGGUGGCACAACAAGAAUCCCUGCUGUUAAAGAGAAGAUCAGUAAAUUUUUUGGCAAAGAAGUCAGUACGACUCUGAAUGCAGAUGAGGCUGUUGCACGAGGUUGUGCACUGCAGUGUGCUAUUUUAUCACCGGCGUUCAAAGUGAGAGAGUUCUCUAUCACAGACCUGAUCCCGUAUCCUAUUUCUUUGCGGUGGAAUUCGCCAGCGGAAGAAGGGUUAAGUGACUGCGAGGUCUUCCCCAAGAACCACGCUGCUCCGUUUUCUAAGGUCCUCACGUUCUACAGAAAGGAGCCGUUCACUCUGGAGGCAUACUACAGUUCUCCCAAGGAGCUGCCUUACCCAGAUCCUGCUAUUGCUCACUUCUUGGUUCAGAAGGUCACUCCUCAAACAGACGGAUCCAGUUCGAAAGUGAAGGUCAAAGUUAGAGUAAAUAUCCACGGCAUCUUCAGUGUUUCAAGCGCAUCGUUGGUGGAGGUUCAUAAGUCUGAUGACAGCGAGGAGCCCAUGGAAACAGAUCAGCAUGCAAAAGAGGAAGAGAAGAUGCAAGUAGACCAGGAGGAGCAGCAAAAGACUGAAGAACAGCAGCAGGUCCAAGCUGAAAAUAAGGCAGAGUCUGAAGAAAUGGAGACUUCUCAAGGUGACUCUAAGGACAAGAAAGUGGAUCAGCCACCUCAAGCCAAGAAGGCUAAAGUAAAGACUACUACAGUGGACCUUCCCAUUGAGAACCAGUUGGUGUGGCAGAUAGGGAAGGAUAUGCUCAACUUGUUCAUUGAGAAUGAGGGUAAAAUGAUAAUGCAGGAUAAGCUAGAGAAGGAGAGGAACGAUGCUAAGAAUGCAGUAGAAGAAUAUGUGUAUGAUAUGAGAGACAAACUCUGCAGUAUUUAUGAGAAAUUUGUUAGUGAAGACGAUCGAAACGGCUUCACGCUGAAGCUGGAAGAUACAGAAAACUGGCUUUAUGAAGAUGGGGAAGAUCAGCCCAAGCAAAUUUACAUUGAUAAAUUAACAGAGCUAAAGGCCUUGGGUCAACCUAUACAGGCGAGAUUUCAAGAAUCAGAGGAAAGGCCAAAAGCAUUUGAGGAUUUAGGGAAGCAAAUCCAACAGUACAUGAAAACUGUUCAUGCCUUCAAAGCAAAGGAUGAGCAGUAUGACCAUCUGGAUGAAGCAGAUGUGGCGAAAGUGGAGAAAAGUGCAAAUGAAGCAAUGGAAUGGAUGAAUAACAAACUCAAUCUUCAGAACAAGAGAAGUCUUACUUUGGACCCAGUUAUAAAAGCUAAAGACAUACAAGCUAAAACUAAAGAGUUGACAAGUAUUUGCAAUCCUAUAGUUACAAAACCCAAACCCAAAGUUGAACUCCCAAAGGAGGAGCAGAAACCAGCCGAACCGAACGGACCAGUAGAAGGGCAGGGAGAUGGCAGCAGUGGGGCCCAGAGUGCGGAGCCCAGCGCUGCGCCCGCCCCAACAGCUGCAGAGAAGAAGCUUCCUGAGAUGGACAUUGACUAAACGUCAGUACUUGUUUAUAUUACUGCAACCCACAAUAAAGCUUUAAGUUUGUCAA